UAUAUAUAUAAGGCCGUUCAGUCGGUGGACUUGAUGAUGAUGAUGAUGGAUAAGAUGAAAUUCAGGGUGUUGGUGUAUGAGUAUGUAAACAAUGGAAAUCUGGAGCAAUGGCUCCAUGUAGGAGAUCAAAUGUUCCUAACAUGGGAGGACGUACGAAGAUUCUGCUUGGAACUGCCAAGGCGUGAGUAUCUGAUUUUAUCAACUGUAUAUAUGUUUGAUCUUACUGUAGAAUGAAAUUAGUGGCGGUUGUCAUGAUGUGUAGGCUUGCAUACCUGCACGAUGCAAUAGAGCCGAAAGUCGUGCAUAGAGAUAUAAUGACAAGCAACAUACUAGUUGACAGAUAUUUCAAUGCAAAGAUAUCUGAUUUUGGACUAGCGAAAUUGAUGGGUGCUGGAGAGAGUCAUAUUAUAAUAAGAGUAAUGGGAACAUUUGGAUAUGUAGCUCCAGAAUAUGCAAGGAGUGGCAUCCUCAAUGAGAAGACUGACGUUUAUAGCUUCGGUGUCGUCCUUUUGGAAACUAUAACCGCCCGGGGUCCACUUGAUGACAAUACUGGAAAUCUGGUUGAGUGGGUAAAGAUGAUGGUUGCAGCAAAACGGUGUGACCAAUUGUUGUACGCAAAUAUGGAGAUGAGGCCAUCCACAUACCUUAAAAGAGCUCUUUUGACAGCACUAAGGUGCGUCGACCCAAACUCUCAACAGAGACCUACUAUGACCCAAGUUGUCCGAAUGCUCGACUCUCAUGAAUAUCCAUUAAUACCAAGACAACCUCGUACAAGACACUGAUUAUACAUUAAUAACACUGUAACAAAUAUACAACUAGUAAUAUACAAUGUUUCAUCCAAUAUUCCUCACAAUCAAAUCAAAGUACUUUUACAAGAAUCAACGAAACAACCAGGUCCACAAAAGAAUGCUAUUUGUAAUCUACAUUCAAUAGUUUUUUGUACUUUGUUCCCCUACACUUGAAACAGGUCUUGAUAAACUUAUCAAUAGCUCAAGAUUUAGUAGGCAUUCAAAACUCUCAAUACCAU